UGGGUGAGCGCUUUGAAGAAAAGAACACUGUGCGAGCCCCAAAGGAAGUCUGACAGGCAAGCCGCCUUCUUCACUGAACCUUCUAGAACCGGAGCAUUAAUGAAGGCGUGGCCCAGAGCCAGCCCCACCUCUUUUCCAGACGGAUGUUGCGGGGCAUUACCGGAAGUCGUCGUGAGGCGGGGUGGGGCCUUACGGCGGCGCGGUGGAAUCAACAUGGCGACCGAGGGGGAUGUAGAGCUAGAAUUGGAGACUGAGACCAGCGGUCCGGAGCGGCCUCCCGAGAAGCCACGGAAGCAUGACAGUGGUGCGGCGGACUUGGAGAGGGUCACCGACUAUGCGGAGGAGAAGGAGAUCCAAAGUUCCAAUCUGGAGACGGCCAUGUCCGUGAUUGGAGACAGACGUUCCAGGGAGCAGAAAGCCAAACAGGAACGGGAGAAGGAACUGGCAAAAGUCACCAUCAAGAAGGAAGAUCUGGAGCUGAUAAUGACAGAGAUGGAGAUCUCAAGAGCAGCUGCAGAGCGGAGCUUGAGGGAACACAUGGGCAACGUGGUAGAGGCUCUUAUUGCCCUAACCAACUGAUUUGUGCAUUCUCAGAUCUACCCACUGGAUUAACUUAUUCCAAUAAAGAUGGCUUUUUUGUUGUUGAUGCAGUUGUA